CCCCGUUGGGCAUUUGAGUCAGGGGAAGAAAAGACAGAGAGGAAAAAAGGAAAAAUACACAGAGCAAAGCAAAGAGAAGCUACCGAGAAAGAGAGAGAGAGCGAGUGAGAGAAGAGAGAAGGUAUUGUGGCUCGGACAGAAAUAUUUAUCCGAGUCAACUCGGACCGGUUUUUUCUCAUUGCUCUCUUGGAAAAAACCUCCUUCCGAUUCUGAAAUUUUGGGUUUUUUUUUUUUAUUCGGAAGGUUUUUUAUUGAUUGAAAGUCUGGCCGUGGUUUUUUUCUCGGCGGUUGAGAUCGUCGAUGGUUCUUUCUCCAGAUCUUGCAUUCUGAUUCAUUUUGCUCCUCCUCUUCCGGGAAUGGCUUGCUCAAUGUAACAUUGACCUGUGUCUAUUUCCUUUGCCUUCUUUCCUAUCACGAGCCUUUGUAGCUUAGGGAAUCUUGGGGGAAAUCUGAAGGUCUUUUUUCCUGAUUGAUGAUUGUUUUGGAAUUAGAUUUAGUUUUCAUUCUCUCACCGGUGGCUUUGGAGUUUGGCGCCUCCUUGAAAGGGAAGAAGCUCUCUUCCGCCACCAUCUCUGUUACCAGCCACGGAAACAGUUACUUCCUCACUUCAUUGAAUGUCUCGUAAAUUGGAUAGCCCUGUUCAGACCCAGAUGGCAGUGGCAAUUUUAAACAGUCCGCUCAGUGGGGAGUAUCAUGGGAGCGAUAGAAUAGAAGGGAAACAGCCUGCAGGGAGGAGACGCGUUUUCGUGCAAACUGAAACUGGGUGCGUCUUGGGAAUGGAAUUAGAUCGUGUUGACAAUGCCCAUACUGUCAAGAGGAGAUUGCAGCUUGCUCUUAAUGUCCCUACCGAUGAGAGCUCGCUGACCUUUGGGGAUAUGGUGUUGAAAAAUGAUCUCAGUGCUGUCCGUAAUGAUUCACCCCUUCUCCUUACUCGGAACCUUAUCCACAGAAGCUCGUCCACUCCAUGUCUCUCACCUACUGGGAAGGAUAUACAGCAGAGAGAUAAGAGUGGUCCUAUUGAGAUAUUGGGCCAGUCAGAUCACUUUGCUAGAGCAAAGCUAUUGGUCAAAGAAAUUGUUAAGGGGAUCAAGAUGGGGGUUGAUCCACUCCCUGUCCAUAGUGGGCUUGGAGGUGCCUAUUAUUUUAGGAACUGCAGAGGUGAGAGUGUUGCUAUUGUGAAGCCAACAGAUGAAGAACCUUUUGCUCCAAAUAACCCAAAAGGCUUCGUUGGUAAAGCACUUGGGCAACCAGGUUUGAAACGUUCUGUGCGGGUUGGGGAAACUGGAUUAAGAGAGGUUGCGGCUUACCUUCUUGAUGAAGGACACUUUGCAAAUGUGCCUCCCACUGCCUUGGUAAAGAUCACUCACUCAAUCUUUAAUGUAAAUGAUGGGGUGAAUGGAAACAAGCCUCACAAGAAGCAGCUUGUUAGCAAGAUUGCUUCUUUCCAACAGUUUAUACAUCAUGAUUUUGAUGCAAGUGAUCAUGGGACUUCUAGCUUUCCUGUCUCUGCUGUGCAUCGUAUAGGGAUAUUAGAUAUUAGGAUUUUUAAUACAGACAGGCAUGCAGGAAAUCUUUUAGUUAGGAAGCUUGAUGGUGUUGGGAGGUUUGGUCAAGUGGAGCUCAUUCCUAUUGAUCAUGGCCUCUGCCUACCAGAAACUUUGGAGGAUCCGUAUUUUGAGUGGAUUCAUUGGCCUCAGGCUUCGAUUCCAUUCUCGGAAGAUGAGCUUGCAUACAUAGAAAAAUUGGAUCCACAGAAGGAUUGUGAGAUGCUACGAAGUGAGAUUCCUGUGAUUCGAGAUGCUAGUCUCAGGGUGUUGGUCCUCUGCACCAUUUUCCUCAAGGAGGCUGCUGCAUCUGGUCUCUGCCUUGCUGAAAUUGGUGAGAUGAUGACUAGGGAAUUUCGCAGUGGUGAGGAGGAGCCCAGCGAGCUUGAGGUUGUUUGUAUGGAGGCAAGGAGGAUGAUAGCAGAGAGGGAACUGUCGUCUCCCAAGGCUGAUUUCGGAGAUGAGGAGUUUCAAUUUGAUAUAGACUAUGAGGAAGUAGAGUUAGAUGUUGCAUCAAAGGUGGCAGCUGAAGAUACUAUGAUCAGAGCACCAUUCCAAUUUGGAAACGGGAAUGGACAUUGCCGCUUUCCACUCUCUAAAUUGGAAGAAUGCAUUGAGGAGGAACAGGAAAGCGAGGGAGACGAGCAAGAGGGAUUCACAGAUCUUCCUUCUCCUGAACGGGUCCCAACCAUUUCAAACAUUUCGAUGUCACUUAAGAACACAAUGUUAGGUGAGAAGAACCAGAAACACAUGAAAUACGUUGGACCGAAACAAGAAAAUGGAUACAUGGUGAAUUCAUCAUCUGGGCACAGGAGUGCCAAUGAGCAGCUUCCUACUAGCAUGAGCUUUGUGAAGCUGGCUGAUAUGAAUGAGGAUGAAUGGUUACUGUUUCUGGAGAAGUUUCAGGAACUGCUGUACCCCGCAUUUGCGAAUCGGAAAUCUGUGACCAUAGGUCAGAGGCAGAGACAGAGGCUUGGUACUUCAUGCCAGUUUUGAACUCGGGAUGAAUACAUAUGAAGAAUAAGGCUAGUUUCUUGGGGUGAAGGAUUGGUAGGUUAGAUUUGGUUAUGAGUUUUCUCCCUCAAAGGUAUUGUAGUUGGAGGUGACAGUAGGAGGAACCGAUGUAAAUAUUCUUGUGGAAAGCUGAAGGAUGAGCUAAGUAGAAUUGGUUGUAUUUCUUGGUUUAUGUUUUGUUUUAAUUUUUUUUUUUUUUUUUUUGGGCCCCCUUUCACUCCAUAUGGGCUUGUUUGAUAAAUAAUUUGUAGAAUAAAAAAGAAAUUAUUGUAUAGUGAACUCGGUUUCGUUUUUGCCUUUUAGAUGUGGUCCUGGUGGUCAUUUUCCGUGUUUUAUUCUUAGUUCCUCCCCUGUAAAUGGCAAUUACAGGGUUGAAGCAACUGACAAAAGAAUCAGAAUAUUGUGGUUUCUAUGGUCCAGCCAUAGUUAUAUUAGGAUAGAAUGGAAGAAUAUGUACACUGGCCAUUUUAAUUUAAAUUGUUUGAGCUUGGAUUUCGUUUAA